AUGGGCAUAGAUGAGGGCAGUGCGGCAGGCUUUGGAGCUGAUAGCACGGUCAUUGCAGUGAAGACUCCAGGCGGCCGCUGGCAAUUCGUUUUGCAGAGGCCCCAAACCCCAGCCCCAGCGGACCACGGGGAUGCCACCGUGAUGGUACAGAGUUUGCAUCGAGGGGAUGCGACGGAUGCACAGGAGAAAACGUUCAUGGGCGGGUUAGAGACAGACUUGCUGCACUUCACAGAGAGCUGCUUCCAAAAGAGUCCAGUGGACACAUCGAACUUGGGUAGCUUGCAGGGCUCCCUGGGUGGUGCCAUCCAAUGUGUGUUGGAUAAGUGCCAAGAGAAGUGGGGAUGGAAACCAGAGCUGUCUGGUUCAGGUUCUGACAACGGUGGACCAUAUGAUGUGUAUGGUCUUGGAGCCACGGUCAUCGGUGCAGAGACCGCUGGUGGCAAGUGGCAAUUCAUUGUCCGCUUGAAGUUCUGA